UUUUAAACAAAAACAUCAUUAAUUAUUUACCUAACCACAAAUCAACCAAUAAUAAAAUAGAAAUUAUAUUAUCAUUGGUCAUAUAACAUUAAGUGUUAAUAAAUUAUACACAGAAAAUCGAAAACAUCAUAUAAUUUGGAACAUAAAAAUUUUUCUAAAACGAUUUAAAUUAAAAAACGGAGGAAGUAUAUAUAUAUAUUUAUUUUUUUUUUGAAGAAAAGCAAAGUCGAUAUGGUUUAGGAAACACAAAUACCGAAAUUGCCGCAAGCCACAAAAAAAAACGGACAUUUAUAGGUAAAUAAAUGCAAAAAAGUGUGUUAUCAAGGAAAAGAAGAAGCAAAACCUUAAGUCUAACCUAUGAAACAAAAAGGAAAGAGAAACAGAAGCGAUAUGGGACAAGUACCACAGGUUCUUGUGGAAGAGAUCUUAGAGAGACUUGACGUAAAAUCGCUGGUAAGAUUUACAUCUGUUUCCAAGCAGUGGAGCUCGAUGAUCAAAUCGAGAUCCUUUGCAUUGAGACAUCUGAUCAGAGCGCAGUCACGAGAUCCCCAUAUACUCGUAGGGGGUGAUCAACUUCGCUGUGAAUCAAAUCCUUACCCUUGGCUAAGGACUUUAGAAUUACUUGAUCCAUUUAUUAUGGUCAAUUAUAUCCCCAAACCAAAUCGAACAAGUCCUCAAUUCACUCAAAGCUGUGAUGGUCUUGUUUGCAUCUACGAUUUUGAACAAGUGGUGUAUGUCUUCAAUCCAGCGACUAGAUGGUGUCGAUUUCUUCCUCCGGCUAUGAUUCAACAAAUCAACAAUCUUAGUAUUUCUCAAGUAGGUAUUUCCAGACGACCUUUUCUAGGGUUUGGUAAAGACGCUGUGACAAGCAAGUACAAGAUUGUGUGGUUAUACAAUCCUUUAGAACCAGAUCUAGAUGGUCAAACCACUACUUGCGAGGUUUUUGAUUUCACCACUUAUACAUGGAGACAUGUGAUUGGCUCUCCACACCUGAUAUGUGAUGAUUUCAAAUCUCACCCGGUACAUUUAGAUGGAUCAAUUAACUGGCUUACUGCUUAUCUUAAUGGGACAACAAAGAUAGUAUGUUUUGAUCUUCACACUGAGGUUUUUCAAGUGAUGUCAGAAAUUCCGAUUGCUCAUGCAGAUCCUCAUCGAAGUAUCAUGUGCAGUCUGCAUAAUCGUCUCUGCGUAUCCGAGAUGAAACGCAACAACAUUCAGGAUAUAUGGUUACUGAAUUCACUUAAGGUAUGGGAGAAGACUUACAGUAUAAAUCUAACACUGAUUGUUCGGUUAUAUGGCGAAUACAAUGGUUUUCCAAUAUCACCGGUCACAGUUUUUGACAAAACAAGGUUACUAUAUCUUCACCCGAUUAUCACACAACCUUCUUUACUGAUACAAGAUACUAUACAAGAGUCGGAUCGUUUUGCGUUCUCCGGACUGGAUUAUUUCAACCAUGUGAUUACUUUUGUUCCAAGCUUGAUCUCUAUUUAGUUAAGUACUGUAACGUUUUUUUUUUGGUUCCAGCGAUUUAAACAUCUUACUCUAAUGUAAUUUAUAUUAUUUCUUAAAAGAUUUGCUAAAUAUGACUCAAAA